AAAAGCGGCCGACAACAAGAAGACAGGAAGAGCACGCGGGCUGUUGUUGUUAAAACGUUAUAACGUCCGGGAGAUGCCAGCUCUCUGACUGUUUUCUCAGACGGCAUGGCUUCGCUGUCAUGGCUGGGAGACCUGAGCAGAUUCGCUCUGUCACCGUCAAACCUCGCGCCUUUGCUUCUCUUCUUCGCGGUGUUUUAUUUGGCUAGUUUUUACCAGAAGCGGCGGAGCGUCUACAGGAACAUCCCUCCAGGUCCCCAGCCGUGGCCGGUGGUCGGGAACUUCGGUGGUCUGCUGGUGCCUCCCUUCAUCAGGAGGAGGUUCGGACAGAUCCCCGACCCGAACAUUGGAGUCAUGGAGGCUCUAACGUCUCAAGCCCAGGUUUACGGGAACAUCUACAGCCUGUUCGUAGGCAGCCAGCUGCUCGUUGUCCUGAACGGCUACGAUGCGGUGAGGGAUGCCCUGUCAAACCAUCCAGAGGUUUUCUCUGACCGUCCAGAUGUUCCUACUAUCUCCAUACUCACUAAACGCAAAGGAAUCGUGUUUGCACCUUAUGGGCCAGUCUGGAGGAAGCAGCGGAAGUUCUGCCACUCCACCCUCAGGAACUUCGGCCUUGGAAGGUUAAGUUUGGAGCCCUGCAUCCAGCAGGGCGUGGCCUCCGUCAAAGCGGAGCUAAUGAGACUGAGCGAAGAGCGCGGCGGCUCUGGCGUGGACCCCGCCAAGCUGAUCGGCAACGCCGUAUCGAACGUCAUCUGCUCCCUGAUCCUGGGUCAGCGCUUCCAUCACGAGGACCCCGAGUUCCGCACCAUCCUGGACCUGAUGGCGCGGGGUCUGGAGAUCUGCAUAAACAGUCCGGCGGUCCUCAUCAACAUCUUCCCUCUGCUCUACUAUCUGCCUUUUGGGGUCUUUAAGGAGCUACGGCAGGUGGAAAGAGACAUCACCGUGUUCCUGAAGAAGAUCAUCGGAAACCACAGCCAGACGUUGGACCCAAACAACCCCAGGGAUCUCACCGACAUGUACCUGAUGGAGAUGUUAGCGCAGCAGGCUGCAGGAGAGAAGGACAGCAGCUUCACAGAGGACUAUCUGUUUUACAUAAUAGGAGACCUCUUCAUAGCUGGAACCGACACCACCACCAAUUCAGUUCUCUGGGUUCUACUUUACAUGGUUCUCUACCCCGAUAUCCAAGAGCAGGUCCAGGCAGAGAUCGACCAAGUGGUGGGCAGCCAGCGUCCUCCGUCUCUGACCGACAGAGGAAGUUUGCCUUUUACUGAAGCCGCCAUCAUGGAAGUGCAGAGACUGACGGCAGUGGUUCCUCUCGGCAUUCCUCACAUGGCUUCAGAGACCACAGAGUUCAGAGGCUUCACCAUCCCCAAGGGAACAGUUAUAAUGCCCAACUUGUAUUCGGUCCAUAGAGAUCCCAGUGUGUGGGACGAUCCAAGCGCUUUCAACCCAGCUCGGUUCCUGGAUGAUGAUGGAAAGUUGCUGAGGAGAGAGUUUUUCAUACCCUUUGGUAUUGGUCGCCGGGUGUGCAUGGGCGAGCAGCUGGCUAAGAUGGAGCUCUUCCUGACCGUCACCGGUCUGCUGCAGGCCUUCCGGUUCCGGCUCCCAGACGGGGAAGCUGCUCCGUCUCUUCAGGGGCGGUUCGGCCUGACGCUGGCUCCCUGUCCCUUCGCCGUGUGUGUGACCGCUCGGGGGGAGGAUGGUUUCAGCUAGAAAGUCUGCUGGGACGUUUAAGGACCUCUAAGAAGACUCAACUCAGGACUCCUGAAGAGGGUUUUUAACCCUCUUCAUCAAUAACAUCAAUUUAUUAUUUGUUCAUUUCAGGAAUUUUAGAUUAGUAAAAAUAUAUUUGACUAUAAAGAUUUAGUUAUAUCUCAGUAGUAUUAAUCUAUUUAUUUAAUUUUAAAAGGAAUUUUUAUCUGUUAAUACAGUUUUUUUUUUUAUUAACAGCGAUUCUAUUACAUAUGAGAUAAAACUUUAAAUUUUCUUUAUCCAGAUUUUCUGUUAUCCUUCCUGUAUAUUUAAUUUUGGAGAAAAGCUUUUAUUUUCUGCUCUGUAGUGCAAUACUGUAUAGAUUGUGAUAACUGGAAGUGCAAAUACUAUUUUCAUUUUUUUUUAUCAGGGUAAAAAAUUGUUCACCUUUCCUUUUAGAAUGUUCUGGAUGCAGCUUUGUAACAGGAAAUUAGUAAAAGUGCAAUUUGUUACUGAUGCUGAAGUGUUGGUAUAAAUGGAAGAGUGUUAUUUUCUGAAACCAACCAAUGGGAAAUGAAAUAAAUGAUCUAAAUGCAAUUCAAAUAAAAGUCAUGUUUGGAAAUUA